UGUAUGCGGGUCCACGAAGGAUGAAAGCGCGCUCCCGAGAGUUCAGGUGAAUGGAGAGUGGGAGCGAGAGCGGGUCACGGUUCAGUGUGCGUAGGAGAAAAGGACGAAAUAAGGAAAAUGAACUGCAACAGCUCGUUCUGGGCACAUGUGUUCUUGACAGCGUAUCUACUAUGGGUCACGGGAUGUGUUGCACAGAAAGUCUACUUUGACUGUGGAGCGAAGGUGGAUGUGGUGGAUGUCCAAGGCCUCAUCCUGUCUCCUGGUUUCCCCUAUAACUACUCCUCAGGGAGCCACUGUGUCUGGCAGUUCUUUGUGCCCGUCGGCCACCAGCUCAUACUGGAGAUAUUUGACUUUGACGUGUUCGAUAGUCACGACUCCGCCGCCCAGUACGCUGCCAUCUCUGACUUGGAAGAGGUCGAUGCUAAUGAUGGGGCGACUAUCCCAACUGGGGGUCCCAUCACUGAUAAAGAUGCCACUGUAUCUCAGGCUCAGAGUGUCACAGCGACAGCCUCCCGGUCCUCCUCCCAAAACGACAAAGUCAUGCAGGUGGUGGUGCAAGAGCAGUCCACCAAGAUGGAGAUAGCCAAAGUCUCCAACUCUGCUAAAAGGUCCACCUCUGAUGCCACCUCUGACCGUGCCUCCCCACAGCCCCUCUCAGACCUCCUCCUACCAGGGGCCCAUGCACCAGGAGAGAAGGCAAUGAACUCAAUCACCUCUCCUCUCCUCAGAGGCAACCCUGACCUGAACCCUAACCCCAGAGCAUCAGCCCCAGACCAAGUCCUGGCUGUGGUUGUAGACGAGGCCACCACUCGGACCCCUCUGCUCCUCACAGACACGGACACAGAGUCAGCGAGCCCUGAGACCCAGCAGUCUGUGGUGGACGCAUGCCCCCACGACGUCCUUUACAUCUCGGACCUCCUCACCUUUUCCUCGCGUUUCUGCGGCUCCAACCGGCCUUCCAGCAGCCAGCUGGUGUUUGGCUCCAGCCAGGAGAUGGUAGAGGUCAUCAUGGAGUUGAUCACCACCACCCACUGGGGCCGCGGCUUCGCCCUGCUCUUUUACUACCACAACCGGACAGAACCGGGUGGAGAUGACCCCCGGCAUGCCUACGUCCCUGCCGGGGCCAGCAAAAUAGACACUCUGCUGGCCGCCAUGAGUGGAGCAGCCUUCUUUGCCAUGGUGCUCACCAGCGCUCUGUGUAUUAUAUUCAGACCUAAACUAUGUCCGAAAAGAGCCAGCUCCUGCUCAUCCAACAACUCUGAGGUGCAGGAGGGAGUGCAGAACUCUGGAGCUGAUGUCCGUGAGCUGCAGCUGGUGGCUCCUAAUCAGCCCGGCCUGGAGGUCCCUUGCCCUGCAGAGAACGACAACAACAACCACUCUCUCAGUCUCACACACAGAGGUUCACCAGGCAGUGUUGGUGGUGAUAUGUCCCAGCAUGCUGAAGUGGACCUCUCAUCCAAUGGUCUCACGGAAUUGGACUUGGGGACAGAUGAGGUGUUUAUCAUUUCGUCUGUGCCUAGUCCAAGCUGCAGACUGCCGUUCUCGGCCCACACGCGGGAGAGGUUCCUGAGGCACAGUGACACCGGCCCUGGCCCUGUAACUGACUGGCCCUCUCCAGACCCGGCUGCCUCCCCCACAGAGACCCGGGCUGCCCAGGAUGGCAGUGCCAGCUGUGCCCGGCCCCGGGCCUGGAGUGUCCGUACCUUCCAGGAUUUCCUCCCUCCACUGCCCCAGUUACACAAGAAGUGGUGCAGUUGGAACUCCACCAGUCCCUUCACUAAGCUGGUGGACAGCGCACCAUCCAGCUUUGUGUCAAACUGCCGUGGGGAGAACAGCAGGAAGGUGUUUUCCGACCCCCAGUUGGAGGCCCAGAACGACAGUAACGCCUCUGACUCCUCCAUGAGUAACGCCUCGUACCCCUUCACUCAGCUAGCCCAGCGCCGCCUCAACUCCACGAGCAACCUUCGGCGCUCCCGCUUCACCGGGCCCUGCUUUGGCCUGCUCUCUGGGUCCAGCCCCUCAAACAGCACCAAGGCCCCCGGGGGCAAACACCUCCAGGCUUCUCCGUCCGAGCCCAUUAACAACCCCGUUGGGCAUUGUGUGAUUUCCCGCGAUUUCCCAGCGGAGAGCGACCACGUCAGUGUCCCUGUGUUUGCCAUCUGUGAGGAGGAGGACCGUCAGCCCCUGGUCCUGGCUGAGCACCUGGGCCAGUCCCCCAUGCUGAACGGACUGAGCCGGGGGCCGUACGAGGGGAAGGAGCCCGCCAGUGGAGGCCCCAACCCUGGCCCCCAGAGCCCAGCCAACGGCCCCCUCCUCCAGAGGGGGAGGCCAUGGGGGAGUCAGGCCUCAGGAGGGACCAGUCCUUACCCUCUCCCCUCUGACUCACCCACUGCCGCCUACACCACCGAGUCAAAGUCUGCCUUCGUGCAAAGCACAGCCAAUCAUAUCCAGAUGCCUUCCCUCAGCCAAUCAACAGUGCCAUGCAGUGUGACAGGCAAGGAGAUGUGACCAGUGACAGUCCAGCAUCCAGCCCAUGUGACAGGAGAGUGGACAGACAGAGCAUGGAAUCCUGGGUUGGCCGAGCAAAGCAAUAAUUAACUACUUUUAGUUCCACUUUUGUCAAAUGCAAAACUUAUCUUUUUGAUUACCUAAAUCAACUUUUUAUAUGAAAUUUCUACAUUCUAAAAGUCAGUUGCUUCAUGGUGACAAAUUGGAUGUUUUCAUACUAGUAACCACAAUAUAUUUUUUUAUCAAGUUAAAACCGCUUCAUCAAUAUAUGCUGUAUACCACACCAAGGCUUUUUCAGCUUCGGUAUAAUUUGUUUAAAAAAUGAAACUUGAAAUAAUAUUGAAUAUGGAUGUUAACAAACUUGCUAGUAAUUUCCAAGUGCACUUCAUUUCACAACUCAUCUGAGCACUUUUGUACCAGUUAAUCGUUUUGAUUCUUUAAAAUCAAAUUAUUCAACAUAAGCACUUUCAACUCAAUAUCUCACUCAUGCUUGUGGAUUUUGUGCUGCAUUGUGCCAACUCCUGCCUUUUGUCCAACAACCAUGGGCCUCGAAGCAUUGAAUUAUAAUAGCACCACAAAGCUUCACGGGGACUGUAUACUACUGCUCUGUGCCCUCUAGUGUUAAAAUGAUAUAGAUCACACACAUUAUAUUAACCUCAAUGCUACAACAAUGUAUACAAAAUGUAUUCCAUAGGCUGAUGCUGGGAUAUAAAAGGGAAUUGAUCAUUGUAAAAAAGAAAAAAAAACGGACAAAUGCCGUAACUAACAUUCAAUAGAAGUAAGCAUAUGACUAGCUAUAAAGAUAAAUGUUGCAAUUUGUAACCUAGAAAAUAAAUAGGGUUGGUGGGAAUUUGUGCAAAGAACUUUUAAUAAAAGGUUGUUAUCUACAUGAA